UUGAUGAACAUCCACUCAAUUUCUAGUUCCUUUCCACUACAACAAGAGCUACUGCAAACAUUUUUGCACAUGUGGAUCCUAUCCUUCUUUUAUGAGCUCCUUGGGAUAUAGACUCCAACUGUCUAUGGUGGUAAUUCUGGAUCAAAGGUUAAGCACAGUUUUACACUCCUUUGGGCAGAGUUCCAAAUUUCUGCCUUUACUCUUUCUGAGGCAAUGUAGGGGGUACAGUCUUUGAUCUAAAAAAGAGUUUGGAUAUAAUAGAAGAGACAAGAUUUUUAAUUUUAAAAAAGUAACUAAAGACAUAAAGUUGGUAAGUGCCCAAUGAAUGGUAAGACAGGAACUGGUACCAUGGAUAUGCUAGAGCCAGCUCUAACCUGCUUUGGAACAGAUUGUUAAAUUUUCAGUGUCCACAUGUAUGCCUUGAAAAUUGGUAGUUGCUAUAAAUAAGGAAUUGGUUUAUUGUUUUGUUGAUUGCCUAGGUUUAAGAAAAUAUGAAUAAUUUGAAUUAAACUUCAAAACAUUUGUAUAUGUAUCCCCCAGCCUCCUCAGCCUAUAUUAAAUUUUUUUUAUCAGCACACAACUGUACUUAUCACUCUAUAAACAAGUGUGGGAAUCCAGGUUAUUGUUGUUUUUUUUCUUUUAAGCAAAAGGUAAGUUCAAUAGAAGUUUCUCUCUUGGAGUGGGGGGAAGAGUGGAGCUGUCAUUGGGAGUCCCAUUGUUCUAUUACAUAUACAGUUCAAGGAUAUAUCCUCCUUUCUUCCAGAGUAGAGCCAACAGGAUUAAAGUAUUUAGAAAAAAAAGUGAUUUUCCACUUUCUUCUCCAGAUCAUUUUACAGAUGAGGAAACUGAGGUAAACAGGGUUAGAAGACUUGCUCAGCAAAUGUCUAAUAUCAGAUUUGAGUCUUCCUGAUCCUAUCACUCUAUACACUGAGCUACCUAAUAUAGGGGGUAAAUUGACACAUAUUUUGGAGGGUAUAAUGAAUGCUUGGAUCAAUAUAUUUGGGAGAUAAAGCUAGAAAAGCAGAUCAGAAGUCCUUGAAUGCCAAUGUGGAGACUUUAUUUAUAGAUCCAGUUGGGAAUGCUCUCUGAAGUUGUGAUUCUUACUAAAUGGCCAUCUUUUUUUUCCUCUCCUUCUUGCCUUUUCUCCCCUGAUGGAACCUCUGCUCUUUGCCUGCUUCUUCCCUUUCUGACCCACCUCUGCUGCUGCAAAGUGAUUCUCUGCUUCCCCUGUGCCCACGCUGUCUGGGCCUGUGUUCGCACCUGUCCGACCGGAUGCACCUGCACUCAGGAGCGCAGCUGCUCCGUGUUAUGUGACAGGACGGGCCUCCUGCAGAUCCCCAGUGAGUUCCCUUGCGAGGCCUCCUUCAUCAACCUGGACAAGAAUGGCAUCAAAUUCCUGGCAGAGCGGGCCUUUGGGACCCUGCCCUCCCUCCGACACCUGUCCCUGAGUCACAACAAUAUUUCCUUCAUCACUCCAGGGGCCUUCAAGGGGCUGCCUAACCUAGUGGAGCUCAGGAUUGCCUACAAUGAGGACAUCCGCUACCUGCACACAAAGACUUUUGCUUCUCUCCGACGCCUGGUCAGGCUGGACGUGGCCGGCUGCAACCUGUUCAGCAUCCCUGACCGAAUCUUUGUGGACCUCCCUGCCUUGCAGGAGCUUUCCUGCUUCCAGAACCACUUCCGUCGGGUGCCCGGGGCUGUCAGGGGGAUGCAGAACCUGACCCAUCUCUACCUGGAACGAAAUUGGAUCGAGGCCAUUGCCUACAAUUCCCUGCAGGGCCUGGGCCGGCUGCACUCCCUGAGUCUGCAAGACAACAGGAUCAGCGUGGUGCAUGCAGGUGCAUUCCAGGACUGCCAGAGGAUGGAGUACCUCUACCUGAACGACAAUCUCCUCCACGGUCUCCCAGGGAGCUCCUUUGAGGGCCUGAGCCACCUAAAGAUGCUCAACCUUGGGGGCAACUCCCUGAGCCAAGUGUCCAGGGACUGGUUCCAGGACCUGGUGGAGCUGGAAGUACUCUACCUGGACAGGAACAGGAUACAGUCCAUCGAGGAAGGGGCCUUUGAGAACCUCACCAGCCUCGUGGCCCUGCACCUCAACAGCAAUAACCUCACCUCCUUGCCCUUCUCCAUCUUCCAGCCGGUCUACUUCCUGGGCCGUCUCUACUUGUUCCGGAACCCUUGGCACUGUGACUGCCAGUUGGAGUGGCUCAAGGAAUGGAUGGAGAGUUACGGACUCGUCCGGGACGUCACUUGUGCCUCCCCAUCCUCCGUGGCCAGCGGAGACCUGAGCUUGGUGGACUUCCGCCGGUCCCAGGAGGGGCUCUGCCUGGACCCCGAGGAGCUGAAUCUCACGGCCCCCAGCGAGGCCCCCUCGGAGGGGCCUCCCUCCGCCACGGAGAGCAGAUUCAGCAGCCUCAUCUCCAAGCUCCUGUCCCCAAGGGCUCCACUGGAGGACGUGGCCAAUGGCACCUUGGGCUUGGCCAACAGCUCGCUGCUGGAGAGCCUUUCCUCAGGCCUGGAGGGGAGGCUGGCAAGCAAGGCCUUGACGUUUUGGGCCUCUCUUCACCUAUUUCUAUGUGAUAUAGUGACAAGACUGAAUGUGGGAUGA